UAUCUGCCCUUUCCUCCUGCAGACCCUUUCCAACGCAGCUCGGCUCAAAGUUUUGCUUUGGUCCGAAAGCAGACUGAAUCUCCCGCAUGGUGAUCCUGGCUCCCCACUCCUCUGACGAGGUCUCCUGAGACCACUCCUCUCGCACCUGCGCCGUUACUGUGGCAACGAAAGCACGCUGCCAUCUAAGCAGCUGAGUUAGUAAAUCGGCACGAACGAGUGGAGGUUGAAUUAUCGAAAUACAGAGUUGGCGAUAAAAAAUCAGGUCGAAUAGGAAAAAAAAAGCGUCAGCGAGCCAAAGGUUCAUUUCUAACAAGAGACAUGUGGCCGAAUGCAUAGCCAUGUUUGUCACAUGCUCCAAAUAUCGGGUGAUAUUUGUCCAUAUACGAACCGAUGUAGCGCAGUGUCGUUUAAAUCAUCGAAGUGACAAUUAAAGAGUUACAGCCACUUGAAUAACUUUCGUCGUUUCUGACGGUUUUCACCAUUUCGUGCUGGAUUUCCUGUGACAAAGGGAAUAUUAGGAACAACAGUGUCGACAAAAUGUCGUCGUUCGGCAUUACGUCUGGGCCAGCUGGCCAACAACGUAGUGGGGUGCGUCGGCGAAUAAGCAAUGUCCAAUUAGAUGUACACCCCGUCGAACGUGCAAUUGUUAUUAGCUACGAACUGGAAUGCGCUGUUACGGAGGCAGGUGAAAUCGUUACAGACUCUGCCUUUCUUCAAAGGACCGUUCGUAUUAGGAACCUUGAUACCGACACUGAUAUGGUUAUGCUGGCCGAGGAUAUAUGUGAGAAAAAUCCAAAAUUGUUGUCAAAAGCUCAAAAUUUAUGUGAAAUUGAACAGCUCUUACACUACUUAAGGACACGACGAGAAAAGUGCGCAGUCAGUAGUCCGAAAAAUGGAGAACCGCCAUCGGUGAGCAUGGGCCAGCUUGACAACUACGUUGACAAUCUUUACGAAGACGAACGAAAGGUAGACGCAUCAUCAAAGAUUUUAUACCUUGCCCAGAAUACGGAGAACCUGGAAGCGUUAAUAAAACAUGAAGUCCUUUUAGGCGCCUUAGCGCGCACGCUUCGUGAGGAGGGACACAGGAACUACUCGCUUGCCUCGAAUAUACUCAAUUUUUUCCAGUGUCUUUCAAGAUUUACUACAUUUGCGUCUGUAAUUGCCGACCACAAGGUCGGCUCGCUCACCAUGGAACUCCUUCAGGGCGAAAUGGCCAAAACGCAACAGGUGCUGCACGAAUUGGAGGAAUCUCAGUUGUCGAACGAUCUCGAGGCGUUUGAGAAUCUAACGAAGAGCUACACUGCCGUGUUGCAUAAGCAGGACACAAUGCUCAUUGCCGCGUUUAGUCUACUGCUCAAUAUUUCUACGGAACUAAAAAACGAAACUCGAAUCGUCAAUAAAGCGCAAACCGUUAUCUAUGGAAAUCAGACCCGUUAUGGUAUUAUUCCACUUCUAACAUCAUGCCUAGACCGAAAGAGUCGAUCUUUGCUGCUCAUUGUUUUAACGUUUUUGGUCAAAUUGAGCAUAUACCAGGAGAACCUACAUGAUAUAGGCCAGCCUGCGGCAUUGGAUAAGGUCUGCCAAAUUAUACCGACGGACGACACUGAAAUCGCAUCCAUGACGCUUCGGCUGAUUCACAACCUGAGCUUUAACUCCGACUGCCGUUGUGCCCUAGUCAGUUGUGGCCUUCUACCGAAACUCGUCACUUAUAUGGGAUCUUCCGAAAAACCAUCUCAACGAAACCAGGUGCUUCGAAUACUGUUACUUAUCGCUGCAGACAGUAGAUUCAUUGCGCACUUCGCGUACACGGAUGCUGCACACGUGGUGCUAGGCCUGAUUCUGGAAGGCGAGGGAACUGAUGGCCAAUGUUCGGCUGAACUGGCUGCUGUAGCCCAAGCUUUAGCGUCAAAUUUAUCUUGCGCCCAAAUUAUCUGCGAACGCAAUGGACUUAAGUUUCUCAUUAAGCGAGCUCUGAAGAACAACGACUCUCGUCUACUUAAAGUGGUGCGAAACAUCUCUAUGCAUGAAGGCCCAAGUAAGCAGCUGUUUUUGGAGCACGUGGACAAAUUUACCGAAAGGCUAAUUAUGCAAACCGAGCCGCUGACAUCGCCACUCUGCUCACCGAUGGCGUUAGAGUGCGCACGAAUCUUAGCCAAUCUUGAUCAAACUGAAUUCUUUCAGGUCUCUCGUCAGGUAAAUCGUCGCGGUAUAUUGGCUUGGCUAAACCACCAACUCCGAGAAGCGGCAUCUCGGCUUUCUGUCGAAGGCAAAUUCACUGCAGAAGACGAUCCAACGCUCGAUCUUCUUACUCUCUGUGCCACUUAUGUAGAGAAUGAUGCUGAAGUUGCGCUGGCCUUCGUCGACGGGCAACACGCUGAGCCGCUGUUAACGAUCCUGAACGCAUGCCAGGAAAACGAUACCGUCGUUUUUCACGUUCUUUGGGUCUUCUACUGUCUACUUCGACAUGGGCCUUCACGCGAAGCUGCCCUUGCAAAAACGCCCCUAGCUAAUUAUCUGCUAGACUUAUUAAACGAUGCUAAUAAGGGCGUCCAAUUAGUAUGCGACGCCGCGUUGGACCUUCUAUCUGAAACUGGGUCCGACUGGGCAGCCAGAGCCCGAGCGGCUAAAUUCAGCCACUUCAACGCUCAGUGGAUCGAUAUGGUUGAGGGAACUCCCGACCCCCAAGGAAUCCGGCGGCUCUCAGGAAUAUCAGCAGCCAAACAUGGUGGGGACCAGGAUACGUUGGGGCACGAUACUCGAAAUCAAAAUCAAGUAACAGACAAUAAUACAUCAUAUGAUCGUUUAUAUGAUGGAAUGAAACUAGCACUUGACGUAGAUGACGAAAAUUGAAGCUAAAAACGUAUUUCGAAACUUUUCUGUCAAUCAAUUAAUUCAACUGAUUAACUAGCGGACCCACAACUAAGGUUGUUGCGAUCUGCUGCCAUGUAGACCUGUCUCUGUCGAAACAGCCAUUCACUAAUGAAAAAGUCGAAGCAUAGAGCAAAAACAAAUGGGAAGAACAUCACUGUAUGAUGAUAUCAGAGAACAUAAUAUAUACCUGAUGUGCUAGCCAAAGGCACAUUGUUAAGUGGUCAUUUAUUAUCGUAUCUAUAUCAAUUCACGUGCUUUAUUUAGUGUAGAUAACAGCUGUUGCUUAUGUUGAAAGUACCGCUUUGCUACUGUAGGAUUUGGAACCAACCAUAUUCGGUUACAUGUUAUUCUUAAACGCGCCAAUUAAGCUUUGGCACUGUCUCUGAAUAAAACCCAAAUCAAGUAAAUGGUUAAUGGUCAGUGUGAUAUUGCCAUUUUUUAACGACGACCUAUAUCUCACCUCUAUAAACAGUUGUUUCUGAACUACUAACAAUUCACUACAAAUGAUGAGCAUAUUUAAAUUUCGAAUCGCUUUCUCUCAAUAUUUUUACUCCGUAGUCAAGAUUUGUAGAGAAAUAAAUUCGAAAAUUUCGAAAGAACGAAUUGUUGUCUGUUAGCAUGUGCAGCCUCGGAACAACUAUCGGCUCUUCGAUAGCCGUUCUAAUACAACAGAAUGCACCCGUCCCUAAAAUGACAGCCAACUGAAGCGUUGUCAAUGCCACCUUCUAACAAUCCAAUAACGGUAUCCGGAGCGUUAGACAGUAAUCUUAUUUACGGAACGCUGCUCAUAAUCAUCUGAUUCUAAAGCGUGCGAUGGACAAACACGGCCUGUGAUGUCUGUCCUAAGGCUGAAAUUGCAUUUUCCAUAAUCGCACUGCAUACACUUUAAUGCUCGAUACGCCCAAAAACACAAAAUCAGCAUAGUACUAAAUAGGCUCACAUACUUAUUUUCCGAAUGACUGUCUUCGUCUGUUUCGCCUCGACAAUCUAACCAACCAUCGCCUCAGAUAACGUCAAAACGUAAGAGCAGUAGGAUGCGUCAUACAGUUAGCAGAAUAUCCAUCAGGACAAAGAGAAACAAUUAGUUGAUUUCUGUAAUUACAUGAGCCCAGCAUGCAUGGUUUAGAGCAGAUUAUUGUAUUUUUUACUGUAUAUGGCUGCCAGCUGCCUCGUUUGUGACCUCAUUAUCGUCACGGCCUGCGGGAUUAACAGGAAUUCGACAACGGACAAGGUGUUUGUCACAUUUCGUUUCAUCGGUACCAGAUCUUUAGAGAUUUUGCAGCUCUUAUAUUGUAAAUACUUCGGUACAACUUUACAUAUCCAAAGUCUCUCAGACAUUUUUUGCAUUGCUCAGCAGAUUUUGGAGAAGGAAGCAGCUACCGUAAAUUGUAUAAUCGGUUGUAAAAAAGCAUUAAAGUCAUAGAGCAGUUCAUUGUUUUUUAAGAUCUGUCCUCUUAUCUUAAUGCAAUUUGGAAAUUUUGCGGACCCUUUCAAGUUUCCUAUUGUUAUUAUUAUUAUUAUUAUAGUUAUUUCCUAUUGUCUAUUGCUUUACCGGAUGUAAUCGAAAGAAGUAAACGGUUUGGUCCACACACAAAGUCAAUGAAAAUAUCAAGUAACCUUGAUCGAACAUAGAAUACCAAAUAUGAAAGCUAACUACAAAAAAACUUAUACAAAAAUAGACAUAUAAAAAAUAUAAAAUUUUUUAACUAUAAUUUGCUAUAUAUUCAAGAAAUAGCUUCAACAACAAAUAUAUGUUUAAAGGUCACAAUACGGUGAUAAACAUCCUAUUUUGACCUUUGAUCAUAAGCCUAGCUGACAGUAUUUUAUAGUUUUACCUACUGAAGUAAUUUCUAAUGGUUUCUGUCUACCGAUAGAAAUUGUGUUACGUAAUAGAUUCAACACAAUAAAUGUAAACUUCUGAAAGGAACUUUUUGGAAAACAACUUUUUGUUCUCGCCGAUAGCCCACUUGUGAUACAAUCGCAAAUAUCUGCGAUAACAUAUGCAGAUAUGAUAGGCAUCAUGCAAACUGGUUUCGUAUUAAAGUUUCCAAGAGCUCCAAUGUGAUCCGAUACAAUGGUCACCUAAUAAUCUAGGAUAUUUAACAAUUAAUAUCUGAAUAAAACGGUUGUCCAAAAAAGUCCUAAGUAGCAUAUCAGGUAUAUAUUACUUUAUGAGACUUGGAGAAAGCGGAUUCUUCGUAUAGAGCGCCCACGAGAGCCCUGAUAGCGGUUCGGGGGCUGAACACACCAUUUAACAGUGUGGACGUGUGCUCACAGGUAGAGCUACUUUUUCUACGGUCUAUAUUGGCUCCGAAAGAAUCUUCAUGCCAUUUUUUGAAAAAUUAAUUUCUUUGGAAUUUUCGCGAAUCGGGAAAACAAACGGCAUAUCUAUUGUAAUCGACUUUUUACAAAACGUGCAAAUAAAGUGUGACGACAAGCACCCUUUGCAAUGAAACUGCUAUCGGUUUCACGACAUCAAAGCUAAUUUGUCACUUGUGGCAUUACCGAGAAGUGAUACUCGAUGGGAGAGCAAAAUUGCCCGCUCUUUUUGGUGCACCCGGUUGGUCCUGAUAUGGCUAUAUCUAGAGUCUACCUAGGUCUUUAAUUGCCAUUUUUUCUGAAGAUCUAACACUGAUUUGCAUUCAGCAGAGUAUAUUUGUACACUAAAAGUAGUCAAUAACUUAACAGCUAG